CUCUUAACAGUGAAAAAUCCACAAUUUCGCACACGAACACGGUGACAUUACCAAGAUUCAUUGUUAAUAUCGUUGGCCAGUCCUCAUCACUUCGUAUUAAAGAGUGUGGGGAUAUAAUCAAACAACAAAACCUCGUGGUUUGGGAAAUUUGAAGGGGCAGAAUGGCUCAAGCAGUGGAAGAAUGGUACAAGCAGAUGCCGAUCAUCACCAGAUCGUACCUUACAGCUGCCAUUGUCACCACAAUCGGUUGCUCCCUCGAUAUAAUAACACCAUACGACUUGUACUUGAAUCCAAAGCUAGUGAUGAAGCAUUACCAAGUCUGGCGAGUCAUCACCAAUUUUUUGUAUUUUCGAAAAAUGGACUUGGACUUUUUGUUUCACAUGUUCUUUCUUGCUCGAUACUGCAAGCUUCUUGAAGAGAACUCCUUUCGGGGAAGGACUGCAGAUUUCUUCUACAUGCUAUUAUUUGGUGCCACUGUUUUGACUGGCAUUGUUCUUAUUGGAGGAAUGAUUCCUUACGUGUCAGAGUCAUUUGCUAGGGUUAUAUUCCUUAGCAAUUCACUCACAUUUAUGAUGGUCUAUGUUUGGAGCAAGCAGAAUCCUUACAUCCACAUGAGUUUCUUGGGGCUAUUUACUUUCACAGCAGCUUAUCUUCCAUGGGUUCUUCUAGGGUUCUCUGUCCUUGUUGGAGCUAGUGCUUGGGUGGACCUCCUGGGAAUGAUUGCUGGUCAUGCCUACUAUUUCCUCGAAGACGUGUACCCACGCAUGACAGGUAGGCGUCCCCUGAGAACUCCGACUUUUAUUAAGUCAUUGUUUGCAGAUGAGCCUGUAGUGGCUGCUAGGCCUGCAGAAAUGAGAUUUGCUCCUCCACCAGUGGACGAUGUUCAACAGAAUUGAUCAGAUUUGUGGGUGGGUGCAUGUCCUUCUCGAUGCUGGCUUUUGUUUCUCCUAGAUAAAGAUUUGAUUUGAGGGACCAUAAAUAGUACGUGUUCAACCGCGGUUGCUGUUGUAAUCUAAACUUGUGCAGGAUACAGGAAAUUUUAGCUUUGCAUUUCCUCAUCUUCUUGUGGGAUGUAAACUUACAGUGAUUUGGAAGAUUGGGUGACUUGCUUAUAGAUACAUCUGUAUAUUUCUCGUACUUUAUGUUCACAGAUUUUAUGGAGAAUUGGACAUCCUUUAGACCCGACCCUUAAUCUCUAGGCUUGUUUUUACGACUGUCAUUGCCAUUCUGUUAAAAACAGAGGGCAUGUUUGGAACAGCUAUUUUCGUGCUUAUAAGUAGCCUAUCACAUGAAACAUUAGAAUGUGUAAUCAAAUAUUAUCAAAUAUCGUCCAGGGCUUCAACC